AUGGCGGGGCGGCGGGCGCGGGGCGCGGCGGAGCCGGGAGCGCACGAGGUGCUGCUGCGGGUGCAGGUGUACGAGAGCGGGACGCUGGCCCCGCUGGCCCAGGCCGUGCUGGACGUGUUCGGCGCCCGCAGCGCGCUGGCGGCCGGGACCACCGACCACACGGGCACGGGGGUCCUGCCCGUGCCCUACCGCCUGGGCUCCUGGCUGCUCGUCACCGCCGCCCGCCGCGGAUACGUCACCGCCUCCGCGCCCUGGCGCGUCACCAAACUGCCACUCUACGCCUCCAUCAGCCUGUACCUGCUCCCGGAGCGCCCUGCCACCCUCAUCCUCUACGAGGACCUGGUCCAGAUCCCUGGAUCCCCAGGUGGCCGUGGGCAGCCGUGGGCGCAGUUCCCUCGGCGGGCAGCCCGCCUGCCCCGCAGCUCCACCUACAGCCAGCUCGCCGCGUCCCUCACCACCGCCUCCGGCCCCAGCCUGGCCCGCGCCUUCCCCGCCUUCCUCGGCGCCGAGCAGGACGGCAUCGCCAAUGGCACGUGGCUGGAGCUGGCGCCGGUGGCGGCUCUCAGCGUGCACCUCUUCACCGGGAACGGCACCGAGGUGCCGCUGGCCGGCCCCGUCCAUCUGUCCGUCCCCUUGGCCCCCGAGGCCGCGGCCGUGGUGGCCACCAGUGUCCCGGCCUGGAGGUUUGACCCCAAGAGUGGGCUGUGGGUCCGCAACGGGACGGGGCUGAUCCGCAAGGAAGGCCGGCAGCUGUACUGGACAUUCGUCUCCUCCCAGUUGGGAUACUGGGCAGCGGCUCUGCCCUCCCCCGGCACAGGGCUGGUGGCGAUGGCAGCGGGUGUGACGGACAUCACCACCUACCACACCAUCUUCCUGCUCACCAUCCUGGGUGCCCUGGCCCUCCUCGUCCUCAUCCUCCUCUGCCUCCUCAUCUACUACUGCAGGCGGCGGUGCCUGAAGCCCCGUGCUCAGCACCGCAAGCUGCCGCUGCGGGGGCCGCUGGACGGGGCGCGCCGGGACCAGGCGACAUCCGUGUCCCAGCUGGACCUUCUGUGCGGGGGCAGCCACCUGGAGACCGCCUCCUCGGGGGGGGACACCGACCUGCCCACCCCCAGCCUGCCCCCCUCGACCCGCGAGCUGACCCCGGCCCGCCCGGACUUCUUCCAGCCGCCGGCCCCCGCCCCGCUCCGCGCCGGCCCCCGGGGGACCCCCGCGGCCACCCUGGCCCCCCGCCGCCGCCAGCCCCCCGCCACGGAGGACUAUGGGCGCCCCGGAUGCCUUCGCCUCAGGGCCGCCCGCUCGGUGGACGGGCUGCAGCCCCCCGAGGAGCAGCACCCCCGGGGCACCCCCGCCUUCCCCCCGCGGCCCCCCUCGCCCUCGGGGUUCUCCCGCUACGGGGGGCAGCCCACCGAGCACCCGCUGCCUGAGCCCCCCCCCCGCCCGCCCUCCCUGGCGCCCCCCGGCCCCCUCCUCCUCUGCGGGCCCCUGGACCGGGGCGGGGGUCCCGAGGAUGUUUACCGGGGGGUGAUGCCCACCCUGCUCAUCCCCGCCCGGUACAUGCGCCUGGCGCCCGGCGAGCCGGAGGGACCCCCCGAAUCCGGGGGGGGUCCAGCUCCUCGGCAGCCACGGCCGCCCCCCCGGCCCCCGUCCUCCGGGCAGCCCUUUGAGGAAGGGGAAAACUGGGGAGGUGCCCGCGCCCCCCAACCGGUGAGCGGCUCGGUGGCCAUCCCGGUGCUGCUGGACGGGUCGGCGGUGGCCCAGCUCAACGGGGAGCUGCAGGCGCUGGCGGGGCAACAGCUCCUGGAACUGGGGGGUCCCCCCCCUCCCCGAGCCUGGUUCGUGUCCCUGGACGGGCGUUCCUCCCAGGUCCGGCAUUCCUACAUCGACCUGCAGGGCAGCGAGAGGGGGCCCGGCCCCGCGCCCCCCGCCCGCCUCCCCCGGGCCGCCGCAGGCGGGGGGGAGGACGGGGGGCCCCGGCCCCCCCUGCCCGCCCCCUCCCCCGAGGACAGCUCGCUGGCCCCCUUGCUGGAAGCGGGGAGCGGGGGGCGGCGGGGGGGGGGCAGUGGGCGCAGCAGCGCCAGCGAAGCCCCCCGAGACUCCCUGACCAGCCCCGAGGAGGAGGCGCUGACGGAGGUCGGCGAUGGGGGGGAGGGCGGCGACCGCAAGAGCCCCUGGCAGAAGCGGGAGGAGCGACCUCUGAUGGUCUUCAACGUCAAGUGA